CGAAGAUGGUUCGUCUAAUAAAAUCCCUACUAAAUGUAACAACUCGUGUAUAAAAUGUAGUGCAAAUUGAAAGAAGUGAGAAUAACACACCUUCUCAGAACAAGAGUGAAAUUUCCCAAAAAUCUAUUGCUCGAUCUAAGUUUGGUCCCUCCCUCAAUGAUUUAUAGUGUGACGAACGAGGAGAUCAAAGAUGUCCAUGGACCAAAGAAAUCAUUAACAAUGGCAGAUAGAAUAAAAAUUCAUCAGAUGCAUAACCUCAUGCCUAAUAAAAAGCCAAAUGCAAGCAAAUUUGGUUCUAAUCGACCUUCAUUAAUAAAAAGAAGAAAGAAAUCUAAAGCAACUCGAAUGAGAGAAAUGUCUCCUAAAAGUUAUCUGAAGGAAGAACUUUCUAAGAUUGGCAAAAUGAGAAAGCAGUUUCUAACCAAGACUGAUCGUAAAAGGCCGAAGAAAAAGACAAAAUCAUCUAAAGCUGUUAAGGAUAGUGAGCGGAGACCUUCUAAAUUUCGAAGAGAUAGUACUUUCAAAGAAAAAGAUCCAAAACCUUUGAACCAGGUCCUACCUUUACCUCCUCCAGUGAGAGAAAAGCCUAAUCGGAGUCAGGGACUUAAGUAUAGUAUGACUCUGACUCAGAUCAAUAAUAUAUUUAAUAUCGAUGAGCAAGAAAAUGAGGAAGAAAGGUAUCCCAUUUUUGCAUUAAUCCACCACUGGGGUGAAACAUCUCACUGCAUACAUUCAUAUUCAAUCUAUAUGGGCAAUAUUGGAUUAAGAAUCGUCAGAUUUUUUUAGUCUAGUUAAGAAUAAAACCUAGUUUAAUAAAAAUAGCUACGAACUUUAUUGCUGGCCAAUAUAUCAUAAUCACUCAGCUCUCAUUAACUUAUGGCAUAGCUCCUCAUCGUCAAGUAAAAAAUCAGUGAGUGAUAAUCAAAGUGGAAGAAUGAGUAAGAAUACUAAUAGUGCAUCCAGAAACAAAAAGAAAAGAAU